UUAUGUAGAAAGUCACAUAACUGAUUAGAGACUGCUUUCUCAAGGAUCUUAGAGAGAAAGCGAAGGUUAGAAGACGCGUAGGUCACCUGCGUCUUCGAAGCGCUCAGAGCCCAAUACACAAAUUUGUAUGUGCGUGCAUAAAACAGAGGAAAAUAGACUUGACAGUGCUGUGAAAAAACAUAGGAAAACCCUGAAGUCUAAUGAUGAAAUUGUGAAAAUGUGCAUUUGAAUGUAGGACUAAACUGGCAUUAAAAACAGACACACACAAACACCCCCCAAGAACACCUCAAUGUCCCCCUUUCAAAAAUAUUGCUUCCAGUACCCACCCACGUUCUCUGAAUGCCCCCGGUGCUCACAUUGAGAAACGUUUCCCUAGUGGCUUGAAUAAAGUAUUAGACAUAACCAGUUUUCUGUGACUCUAUCUUAUUGUCUUUCUGUGCCGGUGGGUCCCAGUGUAAAACCUGACAUUUGUAUGUAUAUAAAUCAGUAUGUGUAUGAGAAUGUGUUGAUGCUAUUAUCUAAUUUGUUUGUAAUGACCUGAUCUGCUGGCAAUCGGCUUCAUGUGUGUUCAAUCAGCCCUUGAACAUUGAUUGAUGCACCUGUAGAGCAACCCACAUACAGGCUGACUCAUCAUGCAUGCCUUGUUUUGCACUGAGGAAAGUCCAGCAUGGACUAACAUGUUUGCACUGUAUGCCCUUUGCACAUUUCUUCACUGUCUGUACCCUGUAUUGUAAAUAAUAGAAAUAUUUAAAAUCCAGACCCCAGUCUGAAUUCUUUUUUUGUUCUCUAUGUGCAAGUUCUUCUUUGCUACUCUGAGACUUCUAACUGACCACAUUCAUUCACAAGCCCUCUCUUCGCGAACAAAGAUUAGGAAGGCUGUUGACUUGUGGCUGACUAAGACUAUCUGAGAUAGGCAGGGCCUCCUACAGCAGGCACAGUUGAACAUCAGGCCUGUGGGGGAUGCUGAUGGGCCUACGGCUAGCUCCAAAGCUGGUAGAGUCUUGGAGGGUUUACUGACACCACUUAGCCUGAUCUGUAGCAAUGGACCAAUAUUGCAAUUGGUGAAGGACCUUUUGAGAGUAUCUUUAUAGCAUUUGCGUGGAUCCCCCUCUGUCACUGUGGCCACUAGACAGUUCACUGUAUAGGACGAGGACCUUUGGGAGGCAGUGACCAUCCUAAAGAUGUGGCCCACACAGCCUCAAUGCUGGUGAGCCCUGCUGUUUGCAGCACCUCUACAUUAGUGAUGUAACCACUUCAAUUGGUGUUGAGGAUGGAGCGGAGGCACUGCUGAUGGAAAUGUUCAAGUACAGGACCCACGACUCAGCACCAUACAGGAGGGUGGUCAGCACGAUGGCAUGGUAUACGUUGACUUUAGGUGGCUUGUCUGCUGUCCAUCUCUUUGUCAAUUUUGGUGUCAGAGGAGAUGAUGCUGCCCAGGUAGCUUAACUGGUGGACUAGUAGUGCCUAAUGUUAAGCUUAAACCUAAAAUCAAAUCUUAACCCCAAAGCAAACAGUUAAAGUUGUGAGAACGGCCUCUUUGGUCCCAGUAAUGGAGUCCCCACAAUGUGGGUGGAUGUCUGGUUUGGAUCCAAACAAAGUUGUGUAAACAGGGACACAGACACUCAAGGACAUUAUGUUUCCACUUGUACAGCAAAUAGUUUUAUUUGUAUGAGGUAGCAACUGUUCAGUCAUUCAUUAAUCUUUGGGAUAUAAAUAUAGCUCAGACACAUCACAACAUCCUGACUGACUGACAUCAAGAUUUUCAUCAUAUCACCUCAGCAGAACUCUGAUGAUGAAGCUUGUUUCAGUGGUUCUCCUCCUGCUGGCUCCAGCGUUGACCUCCUGCUUACGUCUCGUCCUCCCGCUGGACUGCAGUGACAUCUAUAAACAUGACAGCAAACGACCCAGCGGAGUGUACAUCAUCUAUCCCAUCGGAGCCACGUCUGCUGUCCAGGUGUACUGUGACAUGGACUCAGACGGAGGACGUUGGACGGUGUUCCAGAGGAGGAUGGAUGGCUCGGUGAACUUCUACAGGCCCUGGGAUCACUACAAGGAGGGCUUUGGUAUCGCUGCUGGAGAGUACUGGCUUGGUCUUGAGAGUCUCUUCCAUCUGACUCAUAGGAAAAAGUACGAGCUGCUGGUCGACAUGGAGGACUUCAGUGGAAACAAAACGUCUGCUCGUUACUCCUCGUUCUCCAUCGAUCCAGAGUCCGAUGGAUACAGACUGCAUGUGUCUGGAUUCACUGAUGGAGGAGCAGGAGACGGCCUGGAAACUCACGACGGACAGAAGUUCUCCACCUUCGACAAAGACCAGGACUCCGAUAGCCGUAGCUGUGCCAAACUCCACCUGGGGGCAUUCUGGUACAACGACUGUCAUAGAGCAAACCCCAACGGGAUUUAUCUCUGGGGUGCUGAUAGCACUCAUGAUGCUGCUGGAGUGGAGUGGUCCUACUGGAAGGGCUGGAACUACUCCCUGAAGACCAUCAGCAUGAAGAUUCGUCCUGUGCAGUAAUUCUCCAGAACGAACAGCAGAAUAUCUGUUGAUCUCUUU